AUGCCUGAUGCUGCAGGUAUCGAUGCAGCUGCUGGACCCUCAGCUGCUAAAGGGAGAAGCAGCGGAAAGAAGGACCGGGAAAAUUUCCGAAGCGCACUUGUGAACAUCAUCCUGCAACCAACAUCUUCUCAGGAGUUGGCCCUUUCCCCAGAUGAAGUGCUGCCUGGCACAUCAGCAUCUUCCGCUCCGAUAGAGAAAGACAUUUUGAAAUACUACUAUUACAUUCGCCAUGGCAUUGAUACAGAACACGUGGCCCCAAUGGAAGACUCGUGGCUGGAGCACGUCUUGGCACUGGUACCCCCACACUUGAAAGUGCUCAGUGACAGUAUUGAUGCCCUUUCUGAUGAAAUGAGAGAGGACUAUCUUCUCAGUGUAAAGAAAGCAAUAGUUGACUUUGUUUUAAGAGAUCCCAGGGAAAAAGAGGAAGGCAAGAAGCCAAUUCUUCCACCUCAUCGUCAAGAAAUGGAAGUAGUGCCAAAACCAUGGAACAAGUCCUUCAUAGCAGCACACAACUAUAUAAAUGAAAAUUUGCAUGCAAUAAAUCCCACCAUGUUGGCUGUUCUGGACCUGUGGCAGACAUCUUUUAAAAAUUUGCGCUUGGUUGAUAAAGAAGCGUUUCACAAUCGUCAAGAAGCAAUGGAGCUCUCAUUCUUCCAGAACGUAGUAGUAAGGCAUAUGGAAGCUGCCAAAGAUAUGCUUUUUAAAAAGUGGUUUCCAAAUGUGCAAAAUAUCUACUACCAAGGUAAUAAACGGAAGCAAGUCCCCACAAAUGCCAGCAGUACCCAGUUAGAAGCUUUCUUUGACUGCGCCGCAGCCUUAAUGACCCAACAGCUGCAAAGUUUAGCUUUAGUUUCAAUGCAGGAUUUUACUGAUUUGAUUGUGCAACCUCCAAACUCUGUACGAGCCUAUGAACAUCCAGGAUUUAUAAUAAGACUGAUUCUUGACAAUGAUCUUGUUAAGUUUGAACCAGAGUUUAGUGACUAUGAAGCCAUUUUUCUGAACAUUUUUGCAGUUAUGGUAAAAGCCGUUAAUCUGUUGCCAAGAGUAGAGACCAAACUUUAUUCGAAGUGGCCUGACAGCAGGAACAGAUCCCUGAACUUGAAACCUAUAAUCCUGGAUGAAAUUUUGGAGCGUCAUAAAAAAGCAGUUAAGGAAGAGAUUGCCAAAGAGAGCAUAGCACCCACUGAGCAUCUCAAACUCUAUGAUAAGUAUACUGAUUUGAUAACCAAGCAAGCAGAACGGGAAGUUGAGCAGUUCCUGUCAGAGGAGCACACCUUUGAAGAAAUAACUGGUGAAAUUCUGAAGUACCAGAACCUGCGGGAUGAAAUACAGUUUACUUCUAGAAAGUGUAUACGUCUAGGAAUGUUUGAGUUACACUGUGAUGAACUGAUCAGAUCUCUGUCCAAGCGAGCCGAUGCUCUUUGUAACAGAAUUAUUGCCAAAAUGUUCAAAGAUCAUCAGGAUCUAAAUCUAAGGCUUUGUGAUGAGUUUGAGAAGAUAGCUGAGAAAGCCCUUAGCACACCAUCCAAUACGCACGAGCUAAUGGAAUUUAAGGCUUACAUACAGAAAGUGGAGGCAGAGGACAUGGUGGAGAUGGAGCAAAAGUUAAUGGAUGCCAAAAUCUGCCUUGCCUUCCUGAUAGAGUGUGCAAAUUUUUCCCCGGUUGAUAUUCGACUCAACAAUAGCGUGUUUCAAUGGUAUGGACGAAUGGGGGAGAUUUUUGAUGAACACAGAAAGAUAGUUAAGGACAAAACAGAACAAUUCCAAGAAGGACUUAAAAUGCGCUGUGAAAGAUUUAUUGAGGAGCUGGAAGGUUACGCCAAGCAAGUUGAAGAAUUCUCUUCUUAUGGGGACCUUCAGGAAGUCAACAGAUACCUGAAAAAAGCCCAGGCACUGAAUGCCAAGUUAGAUACAGCAGCUGAUAAGAUUGAUCAAUUUAAUGCAGAAGAAGAGGCCUACGGAUGGCCAACAACCCAGUAUCCUCAACGUAAAAAAAUACAAGACACUCUCAACCCGUAUCUUCGACUUUAUGACAUGACUGUAGAGUUUAACACCAAAUACAGAAACUGGAUGGAUGGUAUAUUCACUAAGGUGAAUCCAGAUCAGGUUGAGCUGGACGUAGGAAACUACUGGCGAGCACUCUAUAAAUUAGAAAAAACCUUCCAUGAUUCCCCUAAUGCACUGUUUAUAACAACAAGGAUUAAGGCCAAAGUGGAAGAAUUUAAGGAGCACAUUCCACUGAUACAAGUGAUUUGCAACCCCGGUUUGCAAGACCGGCAUUGGGAAGCCAUGUCCGAAAUAGUGGGUUACUCACUGAAGCCCUCUGAAGAUUCCACUGUCUCUUCAUAUAUUGAAAUGCACCUUGAGCCGUUCUUGGAGAAAUUUGAAAGCAUCAGUGAAACAGCCAGCAAAGAGCAUUCUCUUGAGAAAGCCAUGGUGAAAAUGAUUUCCGAAUGGGAUGGCAUGGAAUUUGUUCUCCUUUCUUACCGAGAAACAGGGACUUACAUUUUGUCAUCUGUGGAUGACAUCCAGAUGUUGCUGGAUGACCACAUUGUUAAAACGCAGACCAUGAGAGGGUCCCCUUUCAUUAAGCCUUACGAAAAGAAAAUGAGAGACUGGGAAGGAAAGCUUUUGUUGGUACAGGAGAUCUUGGACGAGUGGCUCAAGGUUCAGGCUACCUGGCUAUAUUUGGAACCUAUUUUCAGUUCUCCUGACAUCAUGUCUCAGAUGCCAGAAGAAGGCAGGCGAUUCACCACUGUGGACAAAACCUGGAAGGACCUCAUGAAAUGUGCCAUUCAGGACCGUCAUGUUCUUACAGUAGUGAUGAUAGACAAGAUGCUGGAGAAGCUGAAAAAAUGCAAUGAAUUACUGGAGUUAAUUCUUAAAGGACUAAAUGAGUACUUAGAAAAAAAGCGCCUCUACUUCCCCAGAUUCUUCUUCUUAUCCAAUGAUGAACUCCUGGAGAUUCUCUCUGAGACCAAAGAUCCUACACGGGUCAAGCCGCACUUGAAAAAGUGCUUUGAAGGAAUUGCUAGUGUUGAGUUUACUGAAGUCUUGGAUAUUACGCACAUGAAAAGCAGUGAAGGAGAAGUUGUAGAACUCAUAAACACAAUAUCAACAUCUAAAGCUAGAGGUCAAGUGGAAAAAUGGUUAGUUGAAUUGGAAGCAGCUAUGGUCAAUUCCAUCCAUAAGGUAAUCGGUCAGGCAAUAGAUGCCUAUCCAAAAAAUGAACGUAUAAACUGGGUUAGGGACUGGCCUGGGCAAACGGUUCUUUGCGUCUCCCAGGCUUUCUGGACCUCAGAAGUGCAAACAGCUAUUAGAAAGGGCCAAGAGGCACUUGAGAGUUACCUGGACCAGUGCAACGAUCAGAUUGAUGGCAUUGUCACCUUGGUGAGAGGAAAGUUGUCUAAGCAGAACCGAGUGACUCUUGGGGCACUGGUUGUACUGGACGUUCAUGCGAGGGAUGUUCUUGCAUCCCUAGUAAGCAAGUGCGUCAACGAUGAAAAUGAUUUUGAAUGGUUAAGUCAGCUUAGAUACUACUGGGAGGAACAACAUCUACAGACCAAGAUGAUCAACGCUGGUUUAAGAUACGGAUAUGAAUAUCUUGGCAAUACCCCUAGGCUAGUUAUUACUCCACUUACUGAUAGAUGCUACAGAACUCUGUUUGGUGCUCUCCACCUUCAUCUUGGGGGUGCCCCAGAAGGUCCUGCUGGAACUGGAAAAACUGAAACGACAAAAGACUUGGCAAAAGCUAUUGCCAAGCAAUGUGUGGUUUUUAAUUGUUCGGAUGGUUUGGAUUACCUGGCUCUAGGGAAAUUCUUUAAGGGCUUACUUUCUUGUGGAGCCUGGGCUUGUUUCGAUGAAUUUAACAGAAUUGACUUGGAAGUACUUUCUGUUGUUGCUCAGCAAAUUCUUACUAUCCAGAGAGGUAUCAAUGCCGGUUCUGACAUCCUCAUAUUUGAAGGGACUGAGCUGAAACUUAACCCAACAUGCGCUGUCUUCAUAACCAUGAAUCCUGGCUAUGCUGGGCGCUCAGAGCUUCCAGACAAUCUUAAGGCCUUGUUUCGGACAGUGGCUAUGAUGGUACCCGAUUAUGCCAUGAUUGCAGAGAUUGUCCUGUACUCCUGCGGGUUUGUUACUGCCCGACCUCUCUCGGUGAAAAUCGUAGCUACCUAUCGCCUGUGUUCAGAACAGUUGUCUUCCCAGCACCACUAUGAUUAUGGAAUGAGGGCUGUGAAGUCAGUGCUCACUGCUGCGGGUAACCUGAAGCUGAAAUAUCCCUCAGAAAAUGAAGAAAUUUUGCUGCUUAGAUCUAUUAUAGAUGUAAACUUACCUAAAUUCUUAUCCCAUGAUCUGCCACUUUUUGAGGGCAUUACUUCAGAUUUGUUUCCUGGUGUGAAGCUGCCGAAACCAGAUUACAAUGACAUACUGGAAUCUAUUAAGAUAUAUUGCGAAUCUAUGAAUUUGCAGAUGACUGAUUUCUUUGCUGAAAAAAUCUUACAGAUAUUUGAAAUGAUGAUUGUGCGGCAUGGCUUUAUGAUAGUUGGCGAGCCCUUUGGUGGGAAAACAUCUGCAUAUCGGGUUUUGGCAGCUGCCUUGGGUGACUUGUGUGAAAAAGGGCUAAUGGAGGAAAACAAAGUCCAGAUUACAGUUAUCAACCCCAAAGCCAUAACCAUGGGUCAGUUGUAUGGGCAGUUUGAUCCCGUAUCUCACGAAUGGUCUGAUGGCAUCCUAGCAGUCAGCUUUAGAGCAUUUGCUUCUUCACCUACACCUGACAGGAAGUGGCUUAUUUUUGAUGGGCCGGUGGAUGCGGUGUGGAUUGAAAAUAUGAACACUGUGCUAGAUGACAACAAGAAACUCUGUUUGAUGAGUGGAGAGAUCAUCCAGAUGUCACAGCAAAUGAGCCUCAUUUUUGAACCAAUGGAUUUAGAAGUCGCUUCUCCUGCUACUGUUUCUAGAUGUGGCAUGGUCUACAUGGAACCCCAGAUGUUGGGCUGGAGACCAUUGAUGCUGUCUUGGUUAAAUCACAUGCCGCCCACCGUCACUGAUAUGCACAAACACUUUAUAACCAGCUUGUUUGACAGAAUCGUUCCACUUUCUGUCGAGUUCAUUAGAAAAUGUACAAAGGAACUAUCUCCUACUUCAGACACAAAUCUGGUUCGAUCUUUAAUGAAUCUGAUGGACUGCAUGAUGGAUGAGUUUGCCAGUGAGGCCAAGAUUAAAACCAUAAGUGAUCGUGACAUUUUUUCUUGGCUUGAGGGCAUUUUUAUAUUUUCACUCAUCUGGUCUGUAGGAGCCAGCUGUAAGGAGGAUGAUCGACUGAAAUUUGAUCUGAUUGUGCGAGAACUGCUUGAAGGGCCGAUGAGUGAUGAGACGAGAGACAAAUAUAAAUUGUUGAGUUGCAUGGAGCAGCACCCUGCAAAAAUCCUUACAGUCCCUGUUCCAACAGAAGGAACCAUUUAUGAGUACCGGUUUAUCAGAGAAGGUUCGGGGAGGUGGGAGCCCUGGGUGGAAGCCCUUAAAUCUGCUCCACCUAUAAUGAAAGACAUGAUGUUCAAUGAAAUCAUCGUUCCUACUCUGGACACCAUUCGAUAUUUUUCAUUAAUGGAGUUGUUGACAACGCAUCAAAAGCCAUCCAUAUUUGUGGGGCCAACGGGGACUGGCAAGAGUGUAUACAUUAUAGAUUUUCUUCUGAACCGCUUAAAUAAGGAAAUCUAUAAACCCCUGCUCAUUAACUUCUCAGCUCAGACAACAGCAGCUCAAACACAGAAUAUCAUAAUGUCAAAGCUGGACAAAAGGCGGAAAAGAGUCUAUGGUCCCCCUCUUGGGAAGAGAAUGGUUGUAUUUGUAGAUGAUGUCAAUAUGCCAGCACGAGAGGUAUAUGGAGCUCAGCCUCCAGUAGAGUUACUUCGCCAGUGGUUAGACCACUGGAACUGGUAUGACCUGAAAGACUGCUCUAUGAUUAAACUGGUGGACGUACAAAUCAUGUGCGCAAUGGGGCCACCAGGUGGAGGCCGAAACCCAAUCACUCCCCGAUACUUACGACACUUCAAUACUAUUACCAUUAAUGAAUUUGACGACGCUUCAAUGUAUACAAUUUUCUCCAGAAUAUUAGACUGGCAUCUUACAAUAUGUUAUAACUUCCCUCCAGAAUAUGUUGAACUGACUUCACAGAUUAUCAAUAGCACCAUGACUGUGUAUAAAGAGGCAAUGAAGAACUUGCUUCCUACUCCGACUAAAUCACACUACUUGUUCAACUUGCGCGACUUUUCUCGGGUGAUUCAAGGCGUUUGCCUAUCAAGACCCGAAACAACAAUUUCUACAGGAACAAUCAAACGCCUUUGGGUUCACGAGGUCCUUAGAGUAUACUAUGACCGUUUAGUAGAUAAAGCGGAUUGUUCCUGGCUUGUUGGAUGCAUCCAAGAAGUAGUGAAAAAACAUAUGGAAGAAGACUUCCAUGAACUUUUUGAACGACUGGACUUCAAUUAUGAUGGCGUGGUGGAAGAAGAUGAUUUGCGAAGUCUGAUGUUCUGCGAUUUUCAUGAUCCUAAAAGGGAAGAUACAAACUACAGAGAGGUCUUCAACGUGGAUGAUUUGAGAACUGUUGUAGAGAGCCAUCUGGAAGAAUACAAUAAUAUGAGCAAAAAACCCAUGCAGCUGGUUUUAUUCCGAUUUGCCAUAGAACAUGUUUGUAGAAUUUCACGUAUUUUGAAGCAACCUCGUAGCCAUGCCCUUCUAGUUGGUGUAGGAGGCAGUGGCCGGCAAUCCCUCACUCGUUUGGCCGCUCAUAUGGCCGAUUAUACACCUUUUCAGGUUGAAAUAUCAAAGAGCUAUGGAAGCAAUGAAUGGCAUGAAGACCUAAAAGUCAUAUUGCGGAGAUCUACUGAAGGUGAGAUGCAAGGAGUUUUCCUAUUCACUGAUACCCAGAUAAAAAGGGAGUCAUUUUUGGAGGACAUAAACAACUUGCUAAAUGCUGGAGAAGUACCAAACCUCUUUCCAGUAGAUGAGAAGCAAGAAAUUUGUGAAAAGAUGCGUCAAAUAGACCGCCAGCGGGACAAAACAAAGCAAACAGAUGGUAGCCCAAUUGCCCUUUUCAACAUGUUUAUCGACCGCUGCCGAGACCAACUGCAUAUUGUACUGGCCAUGAGUCCCAUUGGAGAUGCAUUCCGUAACCGUCUUCGAAAAUUUCCAGCUCUUGUUAACUGCUGCACUAUUGACUGGUUUCAGUCAUGGCCUACAGAUGCAUUGCAGGCUGUUGCCACGCGCUCCCUGGAAGAUAUUGAAAUGUCAGAGGAAACCCGGAAUGGCUGUAUUGAUAUGUGUAAAAAAUUUCAUACAACGACCAUUUCUUUGUCUGAAACUUUCUUUGCUGAACUCCAAAGACAUAACUAUGUAACACCUACUUCCUACCUGGAAUUAAUUUCCACUUUCAAAUCCCUUCUGGAAAAUAAGAGAACUCAGGUGAUGAAAAUGAAGAAAAGGUAUGAAGUUGGCCUGGAGAAGCUGGACUCGGCUGCCGCCCAGGUGGCCACAAUGCAGGUUGAGCUGGAAGCUUUGCAGCCCCAACUCAGAAUAGCUAGUAAACAGGUUGAUGAGAUGAUGCUUGUUAUUGAGAAGGAAUCCUUAGAAGUUGCUAAAACAGAAAAAAUAGUGAAAGCUGACGAAGCUGUGGCCAACGAGCAAGCAAUGGCCGCCAAGGCAAUCAAAGAUGAAUGCGACGCUGACCUGGCUGAAGCCCUGCCCAUUCUGGAAAGUGCCUUGGCUGCUCUGGAUACUUUGACUGCACAGGAUAUCACAGUGGUGAAGUCUAUGAAAAGUCCCCCUGCUGGAGUAAAGCUUGUGAUGGAAGCCAUUUGCAUCUUGAAAGGCAUCAAGGCAGAUAAACUUCCAGAUCCGACAGGCACUGGGAGGAAGAUAGAAGAUUUCUGGGGCCCAGCUAAGAAGCUUCUGGGGGAUAUGCGAUUUUUGCAGUCACUUCAUGAGUAUGACAAAGACAAUAUCCCUCCAGCUUACAUGAGCAUUAUUAGAAAACAGUAUAUUCCUAAUCCUGAGUUCAUUCCUGAGAAGGUUCGAAAUGCUUCCACUGCUGCCGAGGGCCUGUGCAAAUGGGUCAUAGCCAUGGAUUCGUAUGACAAAGUGGCAAAAAUUGUUGCUCCUAAGAAAAUAAAGCUCAAUGCGGCUGAAGGGGAGCUGAAAAUUGCUAUGGAUGGUUUGAGAAAGAAGCAAGCCGCCCUAAAGGAUGUUCAGGACAAGCUAGCUAAACUUGAAAAGACACUGGAAUCAAAGAAGCAAGAGAAAGCUGACCUGGAGAACCAGGUUGACUUGUGCAGCAAAAAACUGGACCGAGCAGAGAAAUUACUUGGUGGCCUUGGAGGUGAGAAAACCCGCUGGAGCCAGACUGCUUUGGAACUGGGGAAACAGUACAUCAAUUUGACAGGCGAUAUCCUGAUCUCAGCGGGCAUUGUAGCCUACUUGGGAGCCUUCACUUCCAGCUACAGACAAAAUCAAGCGCAUGAUUGGGUAUUGACGUGCAAAGCGAGAGGCAUCCCUUGCUCAGAUGAUUUUUCUCUAACAAGUACUUUAGGAGAACCCGUGAAAAUCAGAGCCUGGAACAUUGCCGGGUUGCCUUCUGACUCAUUUUCCAUUGACAAUGGGAUCAUUAUCUCAAAUGCAAGAAGAUGGCCUCUCAUGAUAGAUCCUCAGGGGCAAGCAAACAAGUGGGUGAAGAAUAUGGAAAAAGCAAACAGCUUGCAUGUCAUAAAGCUCAGUGAUGCUGAAUUUGUGAGAACGCUAGAAAACUGUGUUCAGUUUGGCACACCUGUGCUGUUGGAGAAUGUGGGCGAAGAACUGGAUCCUAUUCUUGAGCCGCUUCUGCUGAAACAGACGUUCAAGCAGGCUGGCAGCAUCUGCAUCCGCCUGGGGGAUUCCACCAUUGAAUAUGCUCCCGACUUUCGCUUUUAUAUUACGACCAAGCUGAGGAACCCCCACUACCUCCCAGAAACAUCCGUAAAAGUAACGUUAUUGAACUUCAUGAUAACACCAGAAGGAAUGCAAGAUCAGCUUCUUGGGAUUGUUGUCGCAAGAGAGAGACCAGAUCUUGAAGAAGAAAAGCAAGCCCUGAUCUUGCAAGGAGCCGAGAAUAAAAGGCAGCUAAAAGAAAUAGAGGACAAAAUUUUAGAAGUUCUUUCAGCUUCUGAAGGAAAUAUUUUAGAGGAUGAAACUGCUAUCAAGAUUCUGUCUUCUUCCAAGGCUUUGGCUAAUGAGAUUUCAGAGAAGCAAGCUGUAGCAGAAGAAACGGAAAAGAAGAUCGAUGCCACCAGACUGGGCUACCGUCCCAUAGCAGUUCAUUCAUCAAUUCUGUUUUUUUCCAUUGCUGAUCUGGCCAAUAUUGAGCCAAUGUACCAGUAUUCCCUCACGUGGUUUAUCAACCUUUUUGUCAUGUCUAUAGAUAAUUCUGAGAAGUCUGAUAUUUUACAAACAAGACUGAAGAUACUCAAGGAUCACUUUACCUACUCCCUGUACGUAAAUAUCUGUCGCUCGCUCUUUGAAAAAGACAAGCUGCUCUUCUCCUUCUGCCUGAAUGUAAACCUCUUGAAGCAUGAAAAAAAGAUUGAUGAGUUGGAGUGGAAAUUCCUGCUCACGGGAGGCAUAGGCCUGGACAAUCCCUAUUCGAACCCCUGCCCCUGGCUGCCCCAGAAGUCCUGGGAUGAAGUCUGCCGCCUUGAUGAUUUGCGACCUUUCAAAUUCAUUCGAAAGGAAUUCAUGCACUUGAAAGAAGGAUGGAAACUGGUCUAUGACAGUCUGGAGCCGCAGCAUGAGCCCUUUCCAGAGGAGUGGCAAGAGAAAAUGGGCGAGUUCCAGAGGAUGCUUGUUAUUCGCUGCCUCAGGCCUGACAAAAUUAUCCCAAUGGUGCAGGAGUUUAUCAUUGGGAACUUGGGCCGUAUGUUUAUUGAACCACCUCCUUUUGAUCUGUCCAAAGCUUUUGGUGAUAGUCAUUGCUGUGCACCGUUGAUUUUUGUGUUGUCUCCAGGGUCAGAUCCAAUGGCGGCACUUCUCAAGUUUGCUGAUGAUCAGGGCUUUGGCGCAUCCAAACUUAGUUCCUUGUCACUUGGCCAAGGCCAGGGCCCCAUUGCGAUGCGUAUGAUUGAGAAAGCAGUGAAGGACGGCAGCUGGGUGGUCCUGCAGAACUGCCACCUGGCAACGUCAUGGAUGCCAGUACUAGAAAAAGUCUGUGAGGAGCUCAAUCCAGACGCGACUCAUCCCGAUUUCCGGUUGUGGCUCACGAGCUACCCGUCUCCCAACUUCCCUGUCUCUGUACUCCAGAAUGGUGUGAAAAUGACCAACGAGGCACCGAAAGGCUUACGGGCCAAUGUGAUCCGUUCCUAUCUGAUGGAUCCCAUCUCCGAUCCUGAGUUUUUUAACAGCUGCAAACGGCCUGCUGAAUUCAAGAAGCUGCUGUAUGGGCUCUGUUUUUUCCACGCGCUGGUCCAAGAGAGGCGAAAAUUCGGCCCCUUGGGUUGGAAUAUUCCUUAUGAGUUCAAUGAGACGGACCUGCGGAUCAGCGUGCAGCAGUUGAAUAUGUUCCUGAAUCAGUACGAGGAGUUGCCGUUUGACGCCAUCCGCUACAUGACUGGCGAAUGUAAUUAUGGAGGCAGAGUUACUGACGAUUGGGACCGGCGCACCCUCCGCAGCAUUUUGAACAAGUUCUACAAUCCCAUCAUCGUUACAGAUCCCGACUACAAGUUUGAUUCUAGCGGCAUUUAUUUCGCUCCCCCUGAAGGAGAGUAUCUAAGCUAUAUUGAAUACACAAAGACUCUUCCUCUGAACUCUGCCCCAGAAAUCUUUGGGAUGAACGCCAACGCUGAUAUCACCAAAGAUCAAGCUGAGACGCAACUGCUGUUUGAUAAUAUUCUUCUAACACAGUCUCGUGCAUCGGGUGCUGGUGCAAAAUCAUCUGAUGAGAUCGUCCGUGAGGUGGCCAGUGACAUCCAAAGCAAGCUCCCUGCUGACUUUCACAUUGAAGCCGCCAUGCGGAGAUACCCAACAACCUACGCCCAGAGCAUGAACACUGUCCUCGUCCAAGAGAUGGGCCGAUUUAACAAGUUACUGCAAACAAUACGAGACUCUUGCAUCAACAUUCAGAAAGCAAUCAAGGGUCUGGUGGUGAUGUCUGCAGAGCUGGAGGAGGUGGUGAGCAGCAUCUUGAAGGGCAAAAUUCCAGGCAUGUGGAUGAACAAGUCUUACCCAAGCCUGAAGCCACUUGGAAGCUACGUGAAUGACUUCCUUGCCAGACUGAAGUUCUUACAGAGCUGGUAUGAGAAUGGGACUCCUUCGACAUUUUGGCUUUCUGGAUUCUUCUUUACUCAAGCCUUCUUAACUGGAGCCCAGCAGAAUUAUGCCCGGAAAUUCACCAUCCCCAUAGACCUGCUGGGCUUUGACUAUGAAGUAUUGGAGGACAAGGAAUACAAACACCCUCCGGAAGACGGUGUCUUCAUUCAUGGAUUGUUCCUGGAUGGAGCUCGCUGGAACAGGAAGACUAAGAAACUUGGAGAAUCAUAUCCUAAAAUCCUUUAUGAUAAUAUGCCAGUGAUGUGGCUAAAACCUUGCAAAAGGUCAGAGAUUCCCGAGAGACCAAGUUACUUGGCACCCGUGUACAAGACCAGCGAGAGAAGAGGGACUCUGUCCACCACUGGCCAUUCCACCAAUUUUGUGAUUGCGAUGAUUCUUCCUUCAGACCAACCACAGCAACACUGGAUAGGACGAGGGGUGGCUCUUUUAUGCCAACUGAACUCAUAAUCCAAAGCUCAAAGCAUCUGUAGCAAUGGAACUCAAAGCAUCUUACAAUGCUUUUAUUUCUAACUAUGACUUUCAGGGUGUGUGUGUGGGGGGGAUCUUUUUAAAUAUAUUUAAUCUUUGUCUUUCCUGAUUUAAUGAAAAAUUAAAAUAAAGACUUUAACAAAAUCCAGAGAAGUCCACUUGCUUA